AUGCCAUACUCGGCCCAGUCGCAACCCAUGAGCGUCACCCUCGCUCAAGCCUCUCAUCUCCUCGUCUCCUUCACGCACUUCCUGACCGUGGCAAUUCACAAUGUUCUCUUCUACCGCAACCUGUACCCGGCCACCACCUUCCUCACCACCCGCGUGUACAACCUGCCUGUCCACCAGUCUCGCCACCCCAAGGUCUGUUCCUGGAUCCGCGACGCCGUCGACGCCAUCAAGGCCCAGCUGGUCCAAGGCUCGGUGCAACGCAUCGCCAUCGUGGUCCACGGGCCCGACGCCGCCGUGCUGGAGCGCUGGAUGAUCGACGUGGCAGCGUUCCCGGCCUUCACGGGCGUCAAGGAGCCGAGGGGCAACCGAAGAGAUGAGGAGGACGACGGGCUCGGGGCGCCGGAGGCACGCGACGGGAACCGGGAGGGCGGCAUCAAUUGGACGAAUGUCGACGAGGCGUUUCGUGGCGCGGUAAGAAGGAUGGCGUUUGCCGGAGAGAAGAUGGGUCCCCUGCCAGGGGGCUGCAGUUUCACCAUCGCCGUCGAGUUGAGGGAGGAUGGCGAGCCGCCUAUCGGAUAUCCGCAGCAUUGGAUCCCGACAGAACGAAAUCUGCAGACGCAAUCCUCGCAGAGGCCAGAGGCAGGGGAGGAUGUUGGUGGUGCAAAGACAACGCCGCUGAGAUCGGUCGAAGCUGGCCCCCUUUUCUUUGAAUGCUGGGUUGAGGAGGGAAAAGCGAAGUAUGAACCUGCAGUUUCUAGCGCAUCGUCAUGA